AUGGGUGCUGGGGAGCACGAUGGAGAAUCUCUGACUGUGUCCUCUCUCCUCAGAUGGGCCCUGUGGUAUUUCAAAAACGACAAGAGCAAAAGCUGGACAGAGAACCUCCGUCUCAUCGCAAAGUUUGACACAGUGGAAGACUUCUGGGCGUGAGUACUCGUCCUCUCCCUCCUCCUCAUCCUCUUUUACCUCUCCACGCUAUGACAUCACCAUGACAGAGUGGAAAGAAGGGGGUUAUUCUAUUUAGCAGGGCGGAACGUUAAUUUGCAGCUAUAAAUGCAUUGUACAGAAUGGAAACAAGUUUCUAUUAUGUGGAGUAAAGGACUGAGGCAGUUCUAUGCAAUGCAUUGCUAUCUGUGCCCUGAAUGUGCCUCAUUAGUUAUCUCUAAAUAGAAAUGAUGGAGAAUGACAUGGAGAAUGACAUGGAACAGGACAUUUAUAAUCAUAGUGUCUAAUAUUGUUGCAUAUAGGCCUGUGUUUAAGUGUGUCUCUUGGUUUUGUGUUGUAGAUUAUAUAACCACAUACAGCAGCCCAGCAAGUUAGGCUUCGGCUGUGACUACUGCUUAUUUAAGGUAAGUUCACUUCUGAAACAAACAGUAUCCCUUCAGAGGACUUAUCGCUGUUCUGUUAAAUAAAAACAUCAGGGCCCGAAUGCAUAAAGCAUCUCAGAGUAGGAGUGAUGAUCUAGGAUCAGGUUUCCCCUGUCCAUUCAAUCUUAUUCAUUAUGAUCUAAAAGGCUAAACUGAUCCUGGAUUGGCACUUUUACUGUAAGACACUUUAUGAAUACGGGCCCAGGAUCAGGGUUUCCAUUAGGACAACAUGUCCGGGAAGAUUGUAAUUUACCAGCCAUUUGAGAAAUGUACCGGACCCAUAUGUAUUGGGUUCAUAACCCAUUAGGGCGUCCACCCACGGUGAUCAGAAUGACAGAAAUAACAUUUGGAUUAUGUUAAUGCAUCUUAACAGAACAUGCAACUCAUGUAAUGAAGCAGACAAUAAAACUUCAUUUUCAAACAUUUGCCAAAAUGCAAUUUGUGGGACAACACCAUUCUAAACAGCACACCUGGGAAAACACCAUUCUAAACAGCGCACCUGAUAGUGGUUCCAUUUGUGACAGAGAUGAAAAUCUCUGUUAGAAACUUAGAAAGAGGGGGAAUCUAAAGAUGCAACAACCGGAUGGGUUGCUAAUAUGACUAGGAUUGUUCCUUUUGCUUCUGGACAUCGAAAGAAAGUUGCUAUUAAAACCAGUAGAACAGGAGAGAAAUGGCAUAACGGUGGGUCCAAUAGGGAAGUAAAUGGAAAUACAUUUGCCAAAAUUAUAUAAUUACUCCUGUCUAUACAGAAAUAAAUGAAAUCAUUCAAAAUGCUUCACCAGAAAGCAUGACUUAGCCACAGAGGAAUCAAGGAUAAUUUGUUUCUUGUAAAAAAUAGCUCGUAGGCCUAUUUGGAAAGCCCGCCGUUUGGGCAGCACGCGUGGCAUGGCAAUAGGCCUAGCUGGUUAUUGAGUUGCAGCUGUCAGUGAAGAUAAUGUGUCUUGAGUAUAAUUUUUUAUGUUGAAACAAGACGGGGAAGUGGUGUGUGGCGAAGAGAUAGGCGAGUCUCUCGCCAGAAUGUCUCAGCUGUCUCCUGUCAAUUCAUUGUGUGAAUUAUUUGCACUUCGAUUUUUUUUUUUUUUAAAACCAAUUCCCCAUUACAUAUGUCACCAGUAGUAAAUGUACUAUUAAUCCCAAUUUGGUUACAUACAUUUUUUUAUUUAACCUUUUAUUUAACUAAGCAAGUCAGUUAAGAACCAAUUCUUAUUUACAAAGACUGCCUACCAAAAGGCUUAAGUCCUUCUGCGGGGAUGGGGAGGCCUUUUAAUGCAUGUAUUAAUUACAUUAAUUUACCGUUCUCAUUCUUGGAGUGGAAACGUUGUUUGCAGAGUUCACAACCCGCUACACUUGUGAGGAACAAGUUUGGGUUUAUUUCAUAACCAUCAUUUAGGAGAUGUGUCUAUUUUUGAGCAUGCCUGGUUUCCCUGUCCUGAUAAUGUUGAGGGAGCCUGCGCGCCUGAGCACGCAUAGAAGUACCUGGUCUGCUGCGCGGAAAUGAAGGGGAGUGUUGUUCUUUUGACAUCCAUUGCGAAUGAUGAUAUACAAUGAAUACAAAUAUAAACGCAACAUGUAAAGUGUUGGUCCCAUGUUACAUGAGCUGAAAGAAAAGAUCCCAGAAAUGUUCCAUAUGUACAAAAAGCUUUUUGCUCACAAAUUAGUUUACAUCCCUGUUAGUGAGCAUUUCUCCUGACAGGUGUGGCAUAUCAUGAAGCUGACUAAACAGUAUGAUCAUUACACAGGUGCACCUUGUGCUGGGGACAAUAAAAGGGGACAUUAAAAGGCAGUUUUGUCACACAACACAAUACCACAGAUGUCUCAAGUUUUGAGACAACCGAAGAAUUGCUGAACAAACUGUCAGAAAUCAUCUCAGGGAAGCUCAACUGCAUGCUCGUCGUCCUCACCAGGGUCUUGACCUGACUGCAGUUUGGCGUCGUAACCGACUUCAGUGGGCAAAUACUCACCUUCGAUGGCCAUCAGCAUGCUGGAGAAGUGUGUUCUUCAUGGAUGAAUCCCGGUUUCAACUGUACCGGGCAGUUGGCAGACAGCGUGUAUGGCGUCGUGUGGAUGAGUGCUUUGCUAAUGUCAACGUUGUGAACAGAGUGCCCCAUGGUGGCGAUGGGGUUAUGGUAUGGGCAGGCAUAAGCUACGGACAGCAAACACAAUUGCAUUUUAUCGAUGGCAAUUUGAAUGCACAGAGAUCCCGUGAUGAGAUCCUGAGGCCCAUUGUCAUGCCAUUCAUCCGCCGCCAUCACCUCAUGUUUCAGCAUGAUAAUGCACAGCCCCAUGUCGCAAGGAUCUGUACACAAUUCCUGGUUGCUGAAAAUGGCCAGUUCUUCCAUGGCCUGCAUACUCACUAGACAUGUCACCCAUUGAGCAUGUUUGGGAUCUCUGGAUUGACGUGUAAGAGCGUGUUCCAGUUCCCGCCAAUAUCAGCAACUUCGCACCGCCCUUGAAGAGGAGUGGUACAACAUUCCACAGGCCACAAUCAACAGCCUGAUCAGCUCUUUACGAAGGAGAUGUGUCGCGCUGCAUGAGACAAAUGGUGGUCACACCAGAUACUGACUGGUUUUCUGAUCCAUGCCCCUACCUUUUUUAAGGUAUCUAUGACCAACAAAUGCAUAUCUGUAUUCCCAGUCAUGUGAAAUCCAUAGACUAGGGCAUAAUUAAUUUAUUUUAUUUGACUGAUUUCCUUAUGAACUGUAACUCGGAUUUUGCCUAUAGGCUACUUUGAAGCAAGGUAAGACAUGCCUCAAAAUUUGCCGGCUAACGGAAACCCUGCCCAACAUGUACAUUGCGGUCAAAUUAGCUAACAUUCCCCGACCGCUCUCUGUGUGUUUCAGGAUGGGGUCAAAUUAGCUAACAUUCCCCGACCGCUCUCUGUGUGUUUCAGGAUGGGGUGAAGCCGAUGUGGGAGGAUGACAAGAACAAGCUGGGCGGGAGGUGGCUGAUGACCCUCAGCAAACAGCAGAGACAAAUCGACCUCGACCGCUACUGGAUGGAGACGGUAAGCAUCAUUAUCCUUAAACCUGGGUCCUGUUCAUUAGGCACCAAACGGAAGAAAAUGGGACUGAAACAAGGAUGGACUACCUGAACUCAAAGCUCAUUUUUGUUUUCCAUUGCUAAAUGUUUUAGAAUGUUUCCCGUUUUGCGAUGGUCCAGGUAGUCCCUGCAUCUUUUUAGUCAGUUUUCUUCCGUAUGGUACCUAAUGAACACAACCCUGCUGCAACUCUCCAUGACUAUACUUCCAGAGGAUUGUCAAAUAGUCUUCUGUAUGGGACGGAUCGCUAGAGGGCAACUUAACACGUAAAGAACAUUUUAUUAAUUCCAUAGUAUCAUGUACCGUACUUGAUGUGUGAUUUGUGUGUGUUGUAGCUGUUGUGUUUAAUUGGUGAGUCGUUUGACGAGGCCAGUGAAGAUGUGUGUGGAGCGGUGGUCAACAUCCGACCCAAGGGAGAUAAAAUAGCCAUCUGGACCGGGAACUGUCAGAACAAGGAAGCCAUCGUGACAAUAGGGUAGGUUAUCUUUCUGGCCUUUUGUCAAUUGGGGAAAAGUCUGUCCUUUCCUCCACUCCUCUGUGGCUUGGAAACUGAUAAGUGGUCACUUUGUUAAUAAGUGAACAGAGGAUUUUCUUCCUAUCCUCGAUUGCAUUCCUCCAGCGGAGGAUGCUCAGUUGUAUCCUACCGCGGAAGAGUUUUGAAAUCAGCCACACACCCUUUGAAACAGCAGUUGUUUUCUAGAAGGAGAAAAGUGUGCGAACAUUGAUUAGAAACGCUACUUAUUAUUUUAUCAAAAGAUGUCUAGCACAUCUAGCUAGUUUCUUUUUACCACUUUACACAUGUAUUUUGGGAUUGCACACCUGUAAACGUCAUUUGCCUAAUGAAACACUAGAAGAGGAGUCUAAUUUCAUACUAGCGCAUUUGUUUCUAAGUUUCCUCUUGCUUACCUUUGACCUAUUUCAAAAGGAGGUAAGGACUGAGGAAAGGACGCAAGGAGUUGAAAAAAUCAAAUUGAGAAUCUCACUCUCUCAUGCGCACACACACACACACACACACACACUUUUAUCCACCAAUUACACAUUUCAUUUGGGCACAUAAGCGACUUCUGUCUAUGUGCAUUCUGUAUAGUAUGUGUAUUGAACAAGUAAAGAUAAUGAUAUUUAUGUUAUUCAAAUGAAAAACGUUUCAAUUGAAAAGGCUUUCCUUCAAGUUACCCCGGGAGUGCAAAAAGUGUGUAGUUGGCAGAAAUGCCAUCAGUUCUGAGACUAACGGUACUGCACUGUUUCUAGUUCCCCACUAGGUGGAGACAAUGCAUGUAAGACUGUACUGAGACCCUAUUCAAUAUUAUCUCCCUCAUCUCUCUCUCCAGACAACAGUAUAAAGAGCGCCUGAGUAUCCCCAUCAAGCUCCUGAUUGGCUACCAGUCACACGAUGACACGUCUAGCAAGAGUGGUUCCACCACCAAGAACAUGUACUCAGUCUGA